CACUGCGAUGCUAUGGAACGCAGCUGCUGCAGUGAGGUGACGAAUCCGAAGACCAUGGAUCCGUUGUGCUCAGUGGAAGGGUAAUGGUGUGAGGUGCGAGAGAGACAGACAGAGCGGAUCGGCAUGGAGAUGAACGGGACGGAAGCGCGCGGCGAGGAGGCGGCGGUGACGCUCGCGCUCAGCGUCGCCGUCACCGUCAUCUCCGCCAUCGGAUUACUGCUCAACGCUUACAUACUCUUCGUCAUCGUCAUCACCAAACAGCCAGCGUCAGCAUCGUCGGUUUUGUUGGUGCACCUCGGAGCUGUGGGUGCGCUGGCCAGCGGGGCGGCGCUGUGCGGUGGAGGCGGCGCGUGCGCGUGUGGAGCCUUGCUCCACGCCCUACAUCCUUUGCAGCUAUGGACUGUAUGCGGACUGCAUGCUGACAGGGCCGCGGCCAUCGCAGCCCCUCUGCAUUACGCUGCGAUUGUAUCUGCGAGGAAGGUCAUGAUUUGCGUAGCGAGUGGUUGGGUGGCAACAGCAGCGCUGCUCGCGCCCCUCGUCGCUGCUCAACCACCGCUAGCUUACAGUCCCGGGCUCGGAGGCUGUGCACCGGACUGCGGCGCGGGACCAACUGCUUUGGGAUUCUGUUUAUUGUAUGCUCUAAUAACGCUACUGAUACCUGCCGCAUUGGUAUUAUUGUGUAGUCUGAAGAUUCUUCGAAUCGCUCGGUAUCAUCGGCAUAGGAUCGCGGCAGCCAUUUACGAGGUAACGCUAUCAGCACAAGUUACUGUGACUCACCAAAGAAAUCCAUUUUCACCACCGCCGCCGCCUCGUCGACGAGCUCUUUCAGCGGUACUGCAACCUCUCGGAUCAUUGGCCAUUUUGUAUUUCCCGUACUACUGUAUUUUAAUAUGGCCGGCUGUAGCAGUCCCCCCGCAACCCCUGGCGGCACUGGCCGCAGCUCUGCUAGCCGCAGCACCACCUGUUAACGGCAUUUUGUACGGCAUCAGAAGUCGAGCACUUCGAGAUUCACUUCGGAACUACAGACGGAAAAGAUUGACGAAAAGUGAGGUGACGCAGGAGAUACAAGCAAGGACGCCUAGCGCAUGCGGAUCACGGCGGCCAUCUUUGUCGGCUGGUUCGGGAUGUAUACGACCACCUACGACGAGAAGACUAUCUGAUGCAGCAGCUAUAGGUUCGCGUGGAUCGGAGAGGCCUGCACAACGUGCGGCUUCAUGCAACAUGCUACAAGACCCACAAGAAGAAGAGGUUCCGCGACCUCGAACUUCUGCUAUACCAUUAAUUCGUGCUCCACCGCACGUAGUAUUAGGAAGAGCGCUCGGUCUAGAAGAGAAUGGGACUAGAGACCGUCGGCGACGUCAGUCACCUCGUAUCACCGUGACUAGGGCGAUGUCAGACGAGAGCGAGUCGCCGACUCGUCGUCCCUUAUGCAGGCAGCAAUCUCGCUCUAGUGGCGCUCUCCUCGGCGGCCUAAACUAUUCACCAGUCAUAUCUGAACACAUGCAUUUAGAUAAUCCCGCAGAUGAGCAACUCCUUCUCUCGUGGCCGCAACGCAAGCCCAACGAGAAACACGACGUUUUAUAAAACGGGUAAUAGUAAUUUAGAGUAGUCUUUGAUAGAUGUGCAUAUAAAGACAAUAAAUGAGUGUGCGGUUCGGAGUCGAGUCAGCUUCGGUGUUUAUGAAUAAUGUUAUUUUUUAAUCGCUUUGUAUAGCCGUCUCUACUCGACCUUUUUUGCCGAAUGGUGACCAAAUAGAAAGUUUCCUAUGAACAUUUACUGUAAUGUAGGCGUUACGAUUCUCCUACAGGGUUCCUCCAUAUCGUUAGCUUUACCUACUGAAGUAUUACUUUAGUGUAUCGUAAAAUUUCCAAUAAAUUCCAUAGGUUUACGAAGAGAUUAUAUUUUUGUUUGGUUUGUAUUUUAAGAAUUGUUAUUUUCCUAUUAAUUAUGAUACUUGUUAAUAAGUGUAUAAUGUUGAAAGUUCUUUAUACAUAACAGAGCAUGGAAACUGCAUUUGGCAUUUGUAGAAGCCAGGCCGCUUACAUUAAAAUGUGUUUGUGCUGCGACAAAGCCAAAUUUCAUGCAUUUAUGUAUUCUUUUAUACAUUAAUUCCUUUGACAGCAUCCCACAAAGCCCUGUGAGGUAUUUUAUGGCACGCCAGGAGUUCUUUUACCUCUCAAUUUUAGAAUGAGAUACGCUUUUAAUUCUAAUAGCGACUGCUUCAUUAAAUAAUGAUUUCUUAAGUUUACGCGAAUGUUAGACAUUUAAAUUAAUUUAAAUGCUUCAUUAAAGUUCCUGAGUUUCUGCAACUGACGAAUGAUGUUUCCAAUGAGUAAAUGAAUGGAUACGUAAAUAUACAUAUGUAUAAAAGCAUGAUUCUUCUAGUCUCACGAUGUUUGCAAAA